UUAUUUUAGAGGGCUUAGAGUUCUUAAAAUGGUAACCCCCAAAAAUUAUAUUUGGAUGUCGAUCCACCUUUUUUAUCCUCGAUAAGAUAAGAACAUUGUGAUUUUUAGUUAAUACUUUUUUUUAUUUCACAUAAAUAUCUUAUCGACGUAGCUUACUACAAAAUAAAGAUUAGGCUGAAGAUAAGCAUUUCCAUUUCAUUGGAACUUUCGCCAUUCAUCAGUCAGUUAUCAUCGUCAUACUGGAUAGGUUGUGCCAAAAAUUGUGAACAUGAACGAAACCAAACUAACAAACCUUAACUUUUAUUGCUUGUUUCUAAUAUUUGAUUACAUCAAGGGAAAUUGCAACGCCAAUAAUAUCAAGAUUAAUUACAAUGUUAAGCGUUAUUCAGAUCUGAUUUCUUUCGCUAUUAGCUGUAAAUACAUUUGCGAGGCUUUUAAAGAAUGGGAUUUCAAACUCUAUGAACAACUGAAUAUUGAUAAAACGUUCUUCAAACAAGUCACCUCGAUGGAGAUUUAUUUAGAAGAACUCUAUGAUCACAUGCGACUUCUUUCCGCGGCUCAGAGAAAACUAUUCUGGAAAGAGUAUCUCGGGGAAAUCAAAGGAAAUAAUGUGCUAGAAUCGGUAAAGAUCUUUUUUGAGCCAACUCAAUACUAUCCUGAACACUUGGAGGCGUUCGAUGACAUCAUUAAUGCCCUAAAACAUAAAGGCGUUCGUGAAUUUGUACUCAGUACAAAAGGUAAAUUUAAAUUCGAUAUAUCUCCGGAGUUUCGGAAUUUGGAAUCCUUGUGCGUGGACGCCGACAUGGAUGUCGACUUCCUAAUUGGAUUUUGUCAAUCGAAUCCCAACCUAACGCGUUUGAAACUAAGCCGAAGCGAACUGUAUAAUGGCCAGUUGGCAUACAUUGUGCCCCAUUGCGGCGAACUUAAAUAUCUGUCCUUUGUGAUGAAGCCCGGGAUUGAUGGAAGAGAGUAUGGCCCACUAGCAGCACUGCCUAAUCUCCUAGAGCUAACACUCCAUGGGCGACACCAAUGUGGAUCGUUGGUAUUUCUUUUCGAGUGCUUGAGGGGCUCCAAGAUCCGAAGGAUAUCCAUUCCGAACAUUCAUGUCACCAGGGAUGAGGCCUUUGCUCUCGGACAAAUACCAUUACUGGCCUCCCUUAGAUUAUGUUUUCUGGACCGAUCGAUUUACAAUGAAAUGUUCAUGCAAAACUAUGUCACCGAAAUUAUUGUGAUGAGCGAACCAAAAAAUUCUCAUAGAUCCGAGGGUGUAAAAUGGGCAGCAACCAUGCGCUGCAAUUUAUUGAAAACGGCAAGGGAGCCAGGAGUCAACUACUACAAUUAUGGGAAAAUAGCGACCAAAGAUACUCCAGAAUCUAGAGAAAUGUUUACAAAAAUAAAGGACUACGAAUUUUUACAGUCUCAUCGGUUAAGAAUAGAAGGGACGAGUAAGAUAAUUGACACUUUCAGAGAUUUGGACGAAAGAAUGAUCGUUGAGAAACUUGUGCUUAAUACGCUUCAGCCAAUAAGCCAGGAAGAAAUGGUAGUCCUCGGUUCGCUUUCAACCUUGACCACUAUACGAUGCUUUUUUUCGCAAAUGGAGAGUCUAAUAGCAGUUAAGCUACAACAGCUUGCGAACCCAGAAGCAAAGACCCAAAACCGAGUGGACCGAAUCACUACUGAAAAAUGCGAGGUUAGCUUGGUUCAUGGCCAGGACUCAGUAACUCUUGCUAUUUAUUUUAAAGGCAUUUUCAUGAAUACCGCCGUCUUUGCACCUCUUUUGAGGUUAAACAAUUUAAAAUGCCUUUCGCUUAAGGGGAGGUUGAUGUACAUUUCGUUCGAGCAACUCUUCAAAAAAAUAGCCAUUGACGAUGAAAUAAACUUGGAAGAACUAGAAGUGGCCUUUGUGGACGCCGGGGAACUGGAACAGCUCGUAAAAAUCCGAAGCUUAAAAGUGCUCAAGUGUGGUUUUCUGUGUUCCAGAAACAUUGAGAAAGUGGGUGAUUUAAAUCAACUCGAAUCCCUUACGAUUACCUUCCAUCCAGAAGGUUCACUAAUAAACCUUUUGAAGGCUUUUGCCUCAAAAGAAAUUCAAACACUUCGGCAUCUGACGGUUCAGCACACACCGGUAGUUUAUGAAGAGAUGGUCGAACUGACUAAAAUAAAGUCCCUGAGGAGUAUUCAGCUAGGAUUGAAGAGUGAAAACAGCUGGCUGAGACCGAAUCAUCAAACUAGGAAGAUAGAAGUCCUCUACUGCGUAAAGUGCUCUGCGCCCAAAUAUGAAUCGUCGAAAUUGAGACACCAUACCAUUUUCAAAAUGGUCACUUCGGCCCAACCAACUAAGCUUAAAGUAUUGACUGAGAUCUACCCAAGGACGGAAUUUUCUGUCCACUUUACAGAUUCCUGCUUGGAUCUUUUAGAGAACUUGCCAAACUUAGAGGAUCUGCGAAUAAAUUUCGAGCGCAGAGUCCCCGACAUGGAAAGAAUGUCAAGAUUGAAAAGUCUUCGAAGACUGUCUGUGGCAUCUCAGGACUUUAGGAACCUAUCCCAGCUGGAGUCAUUAGAGUGUGUUAUAUAUCAUAUGCAAGGCAUUGAAAAUGUAGCACUCCUCCAGAAUAUCUCAGAGCUACAGAUCCACAAUCCAACUGCGUUUGAAUUGUGGGAUCUUUUAAAGGAACUCGGUGCUUUAGUCAACAUGAAAUCAUUGCUUCUGGAUAACUGCGAUCUCAAUUUCCUAGAGCUUGUGGAAAUUACGAAGCUCAAUUGGAUAAAUCAUUUGCGUUUGGGUAUAGCUGACAAGAAGUUUAUUUUUAUGUUUUUACCAAGCAAUUUACCAAAUCUGACUGACUUAGAAAUCACCUCGACUGAAUGCGGAAAUUUAAUGUUUGUACAUGGAUACAUCGUAACAUCCAAGAUACUGAAGUCAUUGUCGUUGUAUCGCUAUUAUGGCAUAACAGUUGAUAUUGUCCAUGGAAUCCUAAUGGCUCUUAAAAUGAACAGGGAUCCGGAUCAGCAUCCACCAUUAAAAUUACGUGGAAUUUGGUGCGAUUUCGACAGAGUCAGCCAGAUACGAUCCUACGAUGAAGCCUAUUUGAAGCUGGAGCAAGUCACCGAUAGUGGAUACAAAAGCAGCGAAGAAUCCGAUGCGGACUCCGAUAAUGAGAUGUAAAAUUAUUUUUCCGCAAAAAAUCUUAAAGAAAAACUCACCUCA